CAGCGCAGGAUUUUGCGCCCAUGGAAACUAACAAGCCACUAAGUGACAGAUCGACUUGUUGCAGAGUUCACGGUGUGAUUCCUGAUCUUUGCCCCAGAUUAUGCGAUUUUCUGGGCAUCAAGUGUGAUGUAGCAGGACAUAAAUCGAUGGAUUCCAUGCAGUAUAGUUUGGAGAUACUUGUCCUUAUGGCUGAAAGGUGGUGACAGGGCAAACUAGGUUAUCAGAGACAAGAGUUGCAGGAAGGAAGUUGAAGUGGGCCAAGAAGGUAAACAGAGAUCAAAGAUGGAAGCAAAGGCGAGGGACUCGGAAAACUCCAGCACGGUUUUACCAAACGGGACGAACGGAGAGGGAGAAAAGGAGGAAGCAGGGGCAGAGAGGGAAGCGGUGACGAGUACGGCCGAGUUGCCGGGGCCACGGAAGGCCGGCCGCGGGAAGGACACCGCUCAGCCCCCGCCUUCCAGCGCGGCAAGCACCGGGACUGACAGGGAGACGAAGAUUCUGCCAUUUGGAGGAGAGAAGAUUGAGAGUAGGCUGAAUGUGCUGGAACUACAGGCAAUGCAGGAAGCCUUCAUGAUUGAGGGCAGUGGCUAUGACAACAAGCUGAGUUUGGACAAAGAGGAGUUUAUACAGAAAAUGACUGACAUUCUGAAGAGACAAAGCAAUGAGGAGUAUGCUGAACUGUUUGACAAAAUUGAUGUGACGAAGGAUGGAUAUGUUGACUGGGACAAGAUAGCCUCCCACAUGUUGUUGGAGUAUUAUGAGAAAGAUGACAGAGUAAAGGCAACACAAGUCCCACAGUGGAAGGACCUGAAAGUGCUACAGAGCCCUCAUAAAGAUACGAUACAGAAGAUUAAGUACCACAAGGCCACACAGAGAUAUAUCUCCAUCAGUAAGGAAGGCUGCGUCGCCCUCUGGAGCCCACAGUGCAAACUGCAGAAAUCUGUCACGAUUUCCGUGGACUCGGUCAAAGACAAAGACCUGUGGGUCAGCGACUAUGUCCUCCUUCCCAACAUCAACAAGAUAGCUCUAUCCUUAACCAGCAAGGAGAUACUUUUUUAUGACUUGAGUACCAAGUUGGACUUCAGCUGCCAGUACAAGGUAGAGGGGCUGGAGUACACUCCUCUCUCUCUGGACUACUGGAGUAACCCAGACAACCCCAGCGAGGCAUUUCUGGUAUUCGGGGACGUUGGAGGUCAGGUCACGGCCCUGAACUUCACCUCCACACACAUCGCCCUGUUUGAGAGACCCACACCUCCUGUGGGGGAGGAGGAAGCUGAAGUGACGGUAACAGUACAGCUGAGUAACAUAGCCAAGGGGAGAGACAAGUACUGUAAGAUGGCCCGUCACAGAGAGCAUAACGGAGAGUGGACCAGACAAGUGAGGUACGCUGCACAUCUGGAGUGCUUCAUCUCCUGCUCCACCACUGCCCGUAGCUCCAUGGUGCUGGGCUGGGUGGAGAAGGCUGCACGCAGCAUGAGAACAAUAUCCUUCAAUGUGAGCCAAGGAAUCCACUGCUUUGACUACCAUGAACAGAUGAACCUGAUUGUCACAGGAGGAGUAAACCAUCAUGUAUCCCUGUGGAACCCCUAUGUCACCUCCAAACCCAUUGGUUUGCUGAGAGGCCACAUGGCAAGUGUAGUGAAUGUACAGUUCAACACCACCAAGGGCCAGAUCCUGAGUUUCUCCAAAGACAAGGUGCUGAGGGUGUGGGACAUCCAACAGCAGCUCUGUCUACAGAGGGUGGCCGGCAUCUUCCCUAAAGGACCUGAAGUGUACACAUUCCUGCAGUUUGACGAGGAGCGGUUGAAAAUGUUCAUAACGUUUAACAACCAGCUGACUCUGCUGGAGAUGAAGCCAGAGAUGAAGGAUAAAAUCCUCAGCCAUGACAAACCCAUCACCAGUGUGCUGUACAACAGGACAUACAACCAGGUCAUCAGUGGCUGCCAAGGUUCUACUGUGACUGUCUGGAUUAUUGACUCAGGUCAAAAGGUCAAACAGUUUGAGAACUGCCAUGGUAAUGCAGAGAUCACCACCAUGGCUCUGGACCCCAGUGACACCAGACUGUACACGGCAGGCACAGACGGGACGGUCAAGGUUUGGGAUUUCAAUGGUCACUGUCACCACCUCCUGAACGCAGGCAGGGACUCAGCUGUGGACAUCACACAGGUGCUGGUGCUGAAGAGAACUGUGCUCGUCAUGGGCUGGGACAGAAUGAUAACAGUAUUCCGGUUUCAAGCCUUCAACACAUACACAGUACAGCCAUCUGACUGGAAGGGUGGACAGGAACACCAAGAUGACAUUUUGUGUGGAGCAUUCAGUGAUCCAAACACCCUAGCCACAGGGAGCUACGAUGGAGAAAUCAUCCUGUGGAACAACCAGGGGGAGAGAGCGUCCCGUCACCUCCGACAGAGAGUGCGACAGAAGGGGAAGACGAGCACACGUCAGACGACCACGGCGGGGAGCGUUCCCACGGUGACGAGACAGGGAACUGUGUCGUCCCUGACCAGUACCGACGAGAAAGCCGCGCUGUCCCGCGAAGUCACUCUGCUGAGUCUGGAGGAUGAAGAAAACAGUGAAUUUGGGAACCCUAUCACCAGGAUGUUGUUUCUGGAGGAGAGGAGGGAUAACCUGGAGGGGGGAGGGAACCUGGUGUCGUGUGGGGGGAACGGGUUCGUCAGGUUCUGGAGUACCGGGGACAGCAGCCUGGUGUCAGAGUUCCUGGCACACCCUCACAUCGGUAGCAUCAUCAUGGCCACGGACGACAGCAACCGUUACCUAGCAACAGGAGAUGUGGAUGGUAACGCGAAGGUGUGGAACAUCGAGGAGUACUGUCUGAAACACAACCCCGAUGGUCCAGUCUGCACCGACCCACCUCCGUUGCUGUGUAACCAGACACCACAUCUAGACUCCAUCAACCAGAUGUUGUUCUGCCGGCGGAACGACUGCGACCUUAUCGUGUCCUGCUCCUCCGACUGCAGUGUUGCAUUGUGGGAUGUCCACGGGAACAUCAUCGGAUAUUUUGGACAGGAGGAGAAGUGGAAAAUUGAGGAGUACAUCCCGACAGAAAAGCCUGAGGAGGAGGAGGAGAGGGAGGGGGAUGAGGAUGAGGAGUUACAGCAGGCCCUGGAGGCGGAGGAGGACAUGACAGAACUGAUGUUUGAAGAGGAAGGCUUCGACGUGGACUACAGACACAACACCUGGGAGAAGACCUACCUGGGGAAGGCCUACCAGGACCUGCGGGUUCAGAAGAGGGAGAGGAAACAGCCCACAAACAUACCCAACCUGCCCUACCUCACCUGGGAGAAAACUGGACAGGCACCGGCAGGACCUUAUAAGAGUCUGGAAACCUCAGACUUGAGGAAGAUGAGUGUUCUGAAGAAGCCUGACUUUGUGGUCCAUCCUCACAAGUACUUUGGACAGAGAACAGAGACACCGGUGGAGACUGUGCCCAAACUGCCUUCCCUGACAGACGGCCUGAAGGCUGCCUUUGAUGAGAAGACUCUCUUCCCCAAGUACAUCAUGGAGUUUGAGCUGAAGAUGAAGUCAGUCCACGGGAUGAUGUCUGCCAGCAAGAAGGGACGUUCCAGCAAGAACAUCCUCGCCGCCAGCAAGCCCAACCUGUCUCUGCAGAGCAAGCAGUCCAUGAACUCCAUCUCCAGUAAACAGUCGGCAGACAACCUCUCCCCAAAGUCCAGGAUGAAGGCAGGUCUGCAGAAGGUGCAGGGGUUUCCCGACAUGGGAAAGAAGGGGCACCUCAAGCCUCUGGGGAAGACGACAACGUCAGAGACUUCCAGCUCGUCUGUCCAUACGUAAUCGUAUACGAGGCAGUGCUGUAAUGUGCAGAUCGAAACUCUUGUGGUUUAAUUUUCGCAGUUUUUGCGUUGAUCUCACACUAGAAAAUCAAAACAUGGCAAAUUUGUUUUUGGAAGUUUAAUGUACUACAGAGUUGUC